AUUUCGGCGAGCGAAGCAAUCGGAGCGGGGACAGGGGAGUUCCCUCGCUUCGGUCGGGCUCACCGAGAGCCUGUUCGCAGGCUAUGAUCUGCGGAGAAAGAUCUGAUGAAGAUAUGACGGAUAAUCGCAGUUUUAUAGAUAUACGCAGCUGUGAAAUCAAAGCCUGAAAAAAUAAAACAAACAAAGGAAAAAAAAUAACAGGCUCACAGAGGCAUCACAGAGGUCAUGGGGUGGAGACAAGCGGCAGCCGCAAAUAGGUCUGCGUGCGUAGGCUAGCUGUGUAUAUAACUGCGAUGAUCAAUCAUGUCUUCAUAUCUUUCUCCGCGGUUCAAAAAUAUGAUCUUUAAUUUAUUCACUUGUAAAAGAAGGACAAUCGAGAAGAAAGUGGGGAAGGAGCUCUUACGUGACAUCAGAAAUAGGCCCUGUUAGGUUUGUCCGGGGUGUUGAUUUGGAGCAUAUGUCACGCCCCUUGUGACGCCCACGGCUAUCAACUCGAUGAGGCCCCAUCAGCCGUAGUGGAAACGCGGUCACGGCUGUCGCAUGUGUGGCGCGCUUUGUAGCAGGUGUAAAACGUUUUUGUCAUCCUAACAUUUGGACAAAUUGCUGCAAAAAAAUGAGUUGUCCUUACGCUCACGACAGCGAGGCGAGUGCACCGGUUUCGCGACCUGGCGAUGAGAAGCGGAUGAACUAUGGAGAGUACCUACAGCUGAGCACACUACUUGACUGCCAGAAACCAGCUAGCACCACGUAUGGCGAGGCAACCGUCCAUGAUGAGCUUCUGUUCAUUGUCACACACCAAGCCUAUGAAUUGUGGUUCAAACAGAUUAUCCAUGAGCUGGACUCCAUCAGAGAUAUCUUUACCCUUGAGGAACUGGGUAUGGAUGAAAGAAAGAUGCUUGUUUUAAUCUCAAGGCUGGGCCGCAUUGUGCAGAUUCAAAAACUGUUGAGGGAUCAGAUCAUGAUUUUGGAGACCAUGACUCCACUGGACUUUAUGGAAUUCAGAGAUUACUUGGCCCCUGCCUCUGGAUUUCAGAGCCUUCAGUUCAGGCUGAUUGAGAAUAAAUUAGGCAUCAAUAAGAGUCACAGAAUACGUUACAAUUAUCAGGAUUACAGCAAAGCAUUUGACUCCCAAGACGGAAAGCAACUGGAAGAAUCAGAAAGCACACCCUCACUACUAGAACAAGUUCAGAAUUGGUUGGAGAGAACCCCUGGUCUGGAGGAGAAUGGGUUUGAUUUUUGGAGAAAAUACAAGAAGAGCGUUCAAACCAUGCUUAAAACACAGAAGGCCGAGGCCGAGGCUGUAGAAGAUGAAGAAGUUAGGGCUGCGUUGUUAAAGGAAGUAAAAAAACAAGAGGACCAUUUUGAAUCAAUCUUCAGUGAAGAAAGGCACAACCAACUUGUUGUUCGAGGCGAAAGAAGGUUCUCUCACAAAGCCAUGCAAGGAGCACUGAUGAUUUACUUUUAUCGUGACGAGCCUCGAUUUAACCAACCGUUCCAGAUUCUUCAACUAUUGAUGGAUAUUGACUCGCAUUUGAUCAAGUGGCGAUACAAUCAUUUGAUGAUGGUGCAGCGAAUGAUUGGCAGUAAAAUGGGCACUGGCGGCACGUCUGGGUACCAGUACCUUAGGUCCACGGUCAGCGAUCGUUACAAGGUAUUUGUGGACCUGUUUAACUUGUCUAACUUCCUGAUACCACGUGACCGAAUCCCACCACUCAGCUCGUCCAUGAAGGUGCGCCUGCGCACUGCUCUGGUGGAUGGCCGUCUGUACGACAGUGACAGUGCUCACUUCAGCGACAGCAGUGAGGAAGAUCAGGUGUCAUUGCUCACCUCCUUGGUUAAAAACGCCGGCAUAACAGCCACACCAACUGUCGACACCGACAAAGGCGAAGAAACCAGCAACUAGUUUAUAAUAAACGAUUUUCAGUAACAAGAUAAAAAUGAUAGUGACAAAGUCAAAAAAAAAGUAGCAUAGUUAAGAGAUAAAAUUAUAAUGUAUGUAGUUGGUAAAUCAACUCUAAGAAAUUAGAAAUGUUUUUCAGAGAUCCAUAAAUAUACUUGUCGACAUGUCCUCGAUAAUUUUGUUUUUUUUUUCAACAGUUUACCGUUUUUCUCUUUAACGAAAUCCUUCAUUUUAAAGGACAAUUUUGACUAGAUUAGUUCAUUUCGUCAGUAAUGUAAAUAGAAUUUGUUUUAUAAGCUUGGUCGAUAUUAUUUUCCUACGGCUUUUUUACGACUGUUGCAUCAUCGAAUUUAAUUUGUAUCGUGUGUUGUUUUUUUUCUUGCAAUGUUUUUUUUUCACUAUUUGUUAAAUGCUAGAAUAGUUUGUAAAACGACUGAAGCGACUUUUAAGUAAUUUUCUCAAGGGCUUUCGCUUUUAUACGCAAAGGCCGGGUUGUUUCAGAGCGGAUUCACACUAACCACGAUUAGAAGACUUCAAAUUAAGAGUUUGAGAUUAGUGACAACUGAGGGAACAACCAAAACAAAACAAAAAUCAGAGAACCUAUAGUGAGAGUUUCCCAAUUUUAUUGCCAUCAAAAUCAACGCUAAUCGUGGACUAACUUUAUCGUUCUUUAAUCAACCGGGCCCAGUAGAGUAAAGAUACAUUGUAUCGUGUCUACCCAUACAUCCCUUUCUGUUGGCAUCCUCAAGGCUGAGCCAAUCAAAAGACACGCAUUGCCCCACGUGUAGCUUUAUAAACACGUGACUUUCUGCGUUUCUAAGGAAAGGUACGAUUGGCCAAGCAUUAGGUAACACCAACACAGACGCGUUGCCAAAACAUUUGGAACCUAUUUACAACAAUGUUUAUAUUUAAGAAAUAUUUUCAAUACAGAAGCAUUUUGCUGGUAAAACUUGAAGUAACGAAUUUUGUGUACUAUUUAGAUUUAAAAAUAACUGUUUGAUGUUCAAUUGUAUUUAAUAACAAAUAAAGGGCUAAAAGGUCGUUUUUGGCCAAAGUUUAACUGUG